AUGGAUCACACCAAUUACUUAAACAAUCAGCUGGGAAACAACCUUGUCUCAGCCGCCGGAGAUCAUCUCGAAGAUCAUGUGAGAAUGGAAGAUCCCAUUCAGCUUCACCACCAUCAUCAUCAACACCAAAUUUCAUACGACUCAGUUUGGCCGAACUUCCCUCUCCAACUACAUCAUCAAGUGCCCUCGUCAUCCAGUACUCACCUUCAUUAUGAUCAGUUUGGUCACCACGAUCACGAUCAUCAUCAUCAUCAACUAGUUCUACCUGGGAACUAUAAUAACUUUAUGGAUCAAGAAGAUAUUCAUCAUGAAGAGGAGCCGGGGGAAGAGGAAGAGGAGCUGGGAGCUAUGAAGGAAAUGAUGUAUAAGAUCGCCGCGAUGCAACCGGUGGAUAUCGACCCUGCCACAAUCCGAAAGCCGAAAAGGAGGAACGUCCGAAUCAGCGACGACCCGCAGAGCGUGGCUGCGCGUCACCGGCGGGAGAGGAUAAGCGAGAAGAUCCGGAUCCUGCAAAGACUUGUUCCGGGGGGAACAAAAAUGGACACAGCUUCCAUGUUAGAGGAAGCCAUUCGCUAUGUCAAGUUCUUGAAGAGGCAAAUCCGCUUGCUACAACAGUCGAGUCAUCAUCAUCCCCAGCCAUGCAUUAAUGUUAACAACACUGGAGUACUACUUAGUAGCAUACCUAGUGCAAGUAACGCUGCAGCGUUAGCCGGUGGUGGAGGGACGGCAUUGGAUUGGCUGCAGCCACCGCCUAUUCAUCCGCGUUCUGCCGCCACCUCCUCUUCCACGGAAACUCCGACAACCAGAGCAGCUCUUGGAUUCACCGCCUUCGGAGUUAGCCGGGGAGAUGUUGCAGCUUUGAGCUUCAAUCAUGAGGUACUUAGUGAUUAA